GGGGGGGGGGGGGGGGGCCAUGCUGCUGUGCCCCCCCCGACCCAUGGGGCAGCACCCGCUGUGGGACUGCACCAGCACCGGGGGCCUCCAGCCGUGAUCCCGGUGGCACCGGGGCCCUGGCACGGCAGCCCCUUCCCCUCCUUUCCCCCCUCCCCCCCCCCCCCCAGCCCACGGGUCCGGGUUCCUGCGUGGGGGGGUCCAGGUUCCUGCGUGGGGUCCGGGGCCAGCACAGGGGGGGAGCCGGGUGCCCGUGGGCCCGUCCUGACCUCGCCGAGCGGCCGGUGCUGCCGCGCAGCCACGUGCCCCCGCCGCCGGCCCUGCUCUGACUCACGCGGCGGUGGCGGCAGCUCCCGGCCACGCAGCAGGGACCCGUGCUCCCUGCGCCCCCCCUCCCUGACACCCCAACCCCCCCCGGGAGCUGUGCGGUGCCCGGCGCUGCCUCGAAGCCCUGGGUCCAGCUGCGGGGUCCCUGCCGGCCACGGGGACAGCAGGGCGAGCGCUGCUGGUGACGGCACCGGGACGGGGAAGGAUGUGCUGAAGCCCCCCCAGAGGCCCGAUGCCCGCCCGUGGGGCUGCCUGCAGCUGCGGCCGCGGACCCAGCGUGGCGCAGGGGCGGUGGUACGGGGUGCGCUCCUACCUCCACCUCUUCUACGAGGACUGCACCAGGGCCAGCCCGGAUGGGGAUGGGGCCGAGUCCUCGUCUGCCCGGCCCCCCGGCACCUGGCCCUCCAUUAUCUGGAAGGUGAGCCUCUCCACGGGGACCCUGUUCCUGCUGGCGGGGGCGGCCGCCCUGGCCACCGGCUCGCUGGUGCCCCCCAGGCUGGAGGGCAUCGGGGAGGAGGACUUCGUGGUGCUGGACCCGCAGGCAGCGCGCUACAACCGGGCGCUGGGCGCGUGCCGGCUGCUGGGCCUGGCGCUGUGCGCGGCCGCCGGGGUGCUGAGCGCCGUGGGGCUCCUCUCGUGCCUGCUGGGCCGUGCCGGGGGGGCCCCGCGACGCCCCCAGGAAGAGGAGCAGCAGCUCUCGCCCAUCCUGCGCGACAGCCCCGUGGCCCCGGCGGUGCCGUUCGGUGUCUCCUGCGUCCACGGCGUCCAGCCCCGGCGGGAGGCGUGAGGCUGGGGUCAGCAGGGGACGCCCCCCCCCCCGUGUCCCAGCUGCUGAAGCGCCCAGUAAAGAUGCUGAGAAACCCC